AUGAGGAGUCAGAGACAGCUGACUGAGUCUGAAAUUUUGAAAUCCCUUGAAGAGGAUAUUCCAUCUGACAUAUCAUUUGAUAGUGCGGACAGUGAUGACACCAAUGACAAUUCUUAUAGUCUGGAACCAACUACAUCCAAAACUAUUCUGUCUGAUUCUGAUACGUCAAGUGAUUCUGAGGAUGAGUGCCCAGCUACCAUUUCAGUGAUUAGGUCACCAGAGACUGAGCUAAGUCAAACUGUCACAGUGCAUCAGACUCCAUCUGAGAUUGCUGAUCAUCAGUCGAAGACUGAUCAUAAGUGGAGCAAAACUGAACGCCCUGAUGAUGCCCCUACAUUUUUUUCCCAGUGUGGUCCCAGCGUUUUUAUUGUGGAGUUAGGCACACCAUCACCAUAUCAGUUAUUUGGAGUUCUGCUUUCAGAUGAUAUUAUGGAUUUAUUUUUGUUUCAGGUGAAUUUAUAUGCGCAACAGUCGUCUCUGACUACUGGUAAACCUUAUGUGCCAGCAUCCAUGGAAGAAUUAAAAACUUUCUUAGGGAUAAAUAUCUUGAUGGGCAUAAAACCACUUCCUAGUUACAGAGACUACUGGAGUUCAGGUGCUGAUCUACAUGAUAGUUAUGUGAGUCAGCUGAUGUCAAGGAGGCGUUUCAGAUGGUUUCUCACCAACUUACAUUUGAAUGACAAUAGUAAAAUGGCACAAUGUGGGGAUACCAACUAUGAUAAACUUUAUAAGUUGCGUCCUUUCCUAGAAAGAAUUUCACAUAACUUUCAGAAAGCACUUAAUCCAAAUGAAUGUAUGGCAGUGGACGAAUCUAUGAUUAAAUUUAAAGGAAGAUCUACUAUAAAACAGUACUUGCCAAAGAAGCCUAUCAAGAGAGGCUACAAGGUGUGGGUACUAGCAGACAAAUCUGGCUAUGCAUGGAAAGUGGAUAUUUACACAGGAAAGAAAGAUAAUGCUGUGGAAAAGAAAUUUGGAGAAAGAGUUGUGAAAGACCUCACUGAAAAUAUUAAAGGUAAGGAUCACAGAGUUUAUUUUGAUAAUUAUUUCAGUAGCCCAGAUCUCCGAGAUUUGAAAGAAAACAAAAUAAAUGCUUGUGGUACAGUGAAUCCAAAUAGAAAAUCUUUACCUAUGCUGAAAAGUGAAAAGGAAAUGAAAAGGGGUGACUAUGAUUGGGCUACUAGCAAUACAGGCCUUAGUGUGAUGAAGUGGAAAGAUAAGAGAUCCGUCCAUCUGCUUUCAAAUUUCCAUGAUCCAACCCAAAAAACAGAGGUUACACGAAAGGAAAAAGAUGGAAAUGAAAUAAAAGUUUCUUGCCCCAUUGCUCUCUCCGUUUACAAUGCCAACAUGAAUUGUGUAGAUAAAUUUGACCAGCUGAAGGGCGUAUAUGAAACUGACAGAAAGAGCAGAAUAUUUUGGUACUUUAUUGAUGCCACAGUGGUGAAUGCUUUCAUCACCCAUAAAGAAAUGAAGUUGCCUAAGAUGACUCUGAAGGACUUCAGAAGAGAAAUCGCAAGGGAUUUACUGGCACCUGUCUUAGUAGCUUCAAGAGGUAAAAAGCGAAGUCUGAGCAGCCAUCUCCAGUUCAACAAGAAGAAACCCAAUGUUCCAAAAUCAGUGCGUCUUGAAAGUUCAUCAGCCAGAAAGAUCUACAAGGAGGAGAUGUGCAGCAUGUAG